GCAUGGUGCCAGACCCUACCAAUCGCUUAUCGAGGCAAAGCGACCUGCUGUGUUGUCAGUGACCAUGAGACUGACCGGGCAGCUGAGGGGCGCACAGCUUUUACGGGUUAUAACGUUACAUGAAUGUCGUACCUCUUACCGAGCAUUAAGCAGUUUACCCGAUGACCGGAAGACACUCCUUCAGAAUGGCCCAGAAUUUAAAGAUUUCUUAUCAGGCGACUUGGAUGACAAAACUAAAUGGGCUGAAUAUAAGGGUGACCUAAAGAGAGAGAAAGGAGCGCGAUUAAGGCUUCCUCCUUGGGUAAAAACAGAAAUUCCAAUGGGUAAAAACUACAAUAAACUGAAAAACACACUGAGGAGCCUAAACCUUCACACUGUGUGUGAAGAAGCACGGUGUCCAAACAUAUCCGAAUGCUGGGGAGGAGGAGAGUACGGCACAGCUACUGCUACUAUUAUGUUAAUGGGCGACACUUGUACCAGAGGCUGCCGCUUCUGUUCUAUUAAAACUGCAAGAAAGCCUCCUGCUUUAGACCCGGACGAGCCAUACAACACAGCCAAAGCCAUAGCGGAGUGGGGAUUGGAUUACGUGGUGCUCACUUCAGUGGACAGAGAUGACAUUUCGGACGGAGGAGCUGAACACUUCGCCAAAACAGUGUCUCUAUUAAAGGAGAGGAAUUCUAAAAUUCUCGUUGAGUGUCUAACUCCAGAUUUCCGAGGGGACUUAAAAGCAGUGAAGACGGUGGCUGUGUCUGGGCUGGAUGUCUAUGCCCAUAAUGUGGAGACUGUGCCAGAAUUGCAGAGGUUUGUCCGCGACCCACGUGCUAACUUUGAACAGUCUAUCAAUGUCCUGAAACACGCGAAGAAUGUACGUCCUGAUAUUAUAUCCAAAACGUCCAUCAUGCUCGGUUUAGGGGAGACAGACGAACAAGUUUACAACACAAUGACAGCUUUACGAGGAGCAGGUGUAGACUGCUUGACCCUUGGACAGUACAUGCAGCCAACAAAACGACAUCUUAAGGUUGAAGAGUAUGUUACACCUGAAAAAUUUAAGCACUGGGAAAAAGUGGGCACAGAGUUGGGCUUCUUGUACACAGCCAGUGGACCUCUUGUCCGUUCCUCCUAUAAAGCAGGUGAAUUCUUUUUGAAGAAUUUGGUGGAGAAAAGAAAAACCAGAGCCAUUUAAAAUAAAAAAUUAUUGAAGAACAGUUUGAAUCCUAUGGAAUAAUAUGGUUUUAACAACUCUGCAGGAAAACUGAAAAAUUAUACUAAAUGUUAGGACUCUGGUGCUAUUUAGCAUAUCCUGCAGACAGAGAUGUCCCAGGGACCAGGAAAUGAUUUCAUAUAAUGGACACCAAGCCAAGGCAAUUUGAACUACAGAUACAUGAUUGUCUGAUAAUGGAAGAGAAAAAAAAAGCUGGAAGAAAGUAAUUCAUAUGUUUGUGGGUGUCCCACAGGACGUGUGCUCAUAACUAGUUGAAGCGGGUAAAUAUUAAGGGCGACCCUCACAUGUAUGUGCUCAAGAAUCGGAAACUGUAUGUCCUCUCUGCACCUAUUACUGGUGCUGCUACAUAAGCUAAUUAAACUCUCUGAUAUCAA